AUGUCGUACACAGGGGAGAAAAAGUCGUACACAGGGGAGACACAAAGUCGUACAAAGGGGACACAAAGUCGUACAAAGGGGACACAAAGACGUACAAAGGGGAGACAAAGUCGUACACAGGGGAGACAAAGUCGUACACAGGGGACACAAAGUCGUACAAAGGGGAGACAAAGUCGUACACAGGGGAGACACAAAGUCGUACAAAGGGGAGACAAAGUCGUACAAAGGGGAGACAAAGUCGUACACAGGGGAGACACAAAGUCGUACACAGGGGAGACACAAAGUCGUACAAAGGGGACACAAAGUCGUACAAAGGGGAGACAAAGUCGUACACAGGGGAGACACAAAGUCGUACAAAGGGGAGACAAAGUCGUACAAAGGGGACACAAAGUCGUACACAGGGGACACAAAGUCGUACAAAGGGGAGACAAAGUCGUACAAAGGGGAGACAAAGUCGUACACAGGGGACACAAAGUCGUACAAAGGGGAGACAAAGUCGUACAAAGGGGAGACAAAGUCGUACACAGGGGAGACAAAGUCGUACAAAGGGGACACAAAGUCGCACAAAGGGGAGACAAAGUCGUACAAAGGGGAGACACAAAGACGUACAAAGGGGAGACAAAGUCGUACACAGGGGAGACAAAGUUGUACAAAGGGGAGACAAAGUCGUACAAAGGGGAGAAAAAGUCGUACACAGGGGACACAAAGUCGUACAAAGGGGAGACAAAGACGUACAAAGGGGACACAAAGUCGUACACAGGGGAGACAAAGACGUACAAAGGGGACACAAAGUCGUACACAGGGGAGAAAAAGUCGUACACAGGGGACACAAAGUCGUACAAAGGGGAGACAAAGACGUACAAAGGGGAGACAAAGUCGUACACAGGGGAGACAAAGUCGUACACAGGGGAGAAAAAGUCGUACAAAGGGGAGAAAAAGUCGUACACAGGGGACACAAAGUCGUACAAAGGGGAGACAAAGUCGUACAAAGGGGACACAAAGUCGUACACAGGGGAGACAAAGUCGUACACAGGGGACACAAAGUCGUACAAAGGGGACACAAAGUCGUACAAAGGGGACACAAAGACGAGGGAAAAGUCGUACAAAGGAGGGAAAAGUCGUACAAAGCAGGGAAAGUCGUACAAAGGAGGGGAAAAGUCGUACAAAGGAGGGAAAAGUCGUACAAAGGAGGGGAAAAGUCGUACAAAGGAGGGGAAAAGUCGUACAAAGGAGAGGAAAAGUCGUACAAAGGAGGGGAAAAGUCGUACAAAUGAGGGGAAAAGUCGUACAAAGGAGGGGAAAAGUCGUACAAAGGAGGGAAAUGUCGUACAAAGGAGGGGAAAGUCGUACAAAGGAGGGGAAAGUAGUACAAAGGAGGGGAAAAGUCGUACAAAGGACCGGAAAAGUCGUACAAAGGACCGGAAAAGUCGUACAAAGGAGGGAAAGUCGUACAAAGGAGGGAAAAGUCGUACAAAGGAGGGAAAGUCGUACAAAGGGGGGGGGAAGUCGUACAAAGGAGGGGAAAGUCGUACAAAGGAGGGGAAAAGUCGUACAAAGGAGGGAAAAGUCGUACAAAGGAGGGAAAUGUCGUACAAAGGAGGGGAAAGUCAUACAAAGGAGGGGAAAAGUCGUACAAAGGAGGGGAAAGUCGUACAAAGGAGGGGAAAAGUCGUACAAAGGAGGGAAAAGUCGUACAAAGGAGGGGAAAGUCGUACAAAGGAGGGAAAGUCGUACAAAGGAGGGGAAAGUCGUACAAAGGAGGAAAAAAUAUGUGAAAAUGUCACACAAUUCAGCCGAAAAUAA